CUCGUCUACACAUUUUUGAUAGUUCUCUCCGUUCUUAACCCUAAUCUUCUCUUGUGCUCAUCGGUGCCCGACCGGCCCUCCCCUCCCCUCAGAUUCAAAUCUCCAUGUGUCUCAGGCAAUCAGUUCGUGGACCGGCAAGAUUCAGCAGGCAACCAGUUUGUAGAUCCGAUGCAGAAUACAAACUCUCUUGCUGGAUAACCAGUUUGUGGAUCGGAAGCGAUGGAUCUUCUGAUUUAGAUCAUAAACUCUCUGUCAGUAGGCUAUCCAUUAGAAUUUGAAGAUCGAGAGCGUGAGAUCUUGUCGCCCUCGGCAGGCAGGUAUGCAGUUCAUAGAUUGGCAGCGGUUGAUUUAAAUUGCAAACUCUCAUGGUAGGCAGCGGCAGGGCUUCUGAUUUGGAUCGAGCUUUUAAUUAGGAACAAAAUUGUUAUUUGGUAGGUAACCAAUUCAUUCGGUUAAAUUCUUCAAAUUACUUUGUAAAAAUCUCUUUUUACUUCUACCUGUAAAACCGUUUGUAAAAAUCAUAUAUUUAUUUGCAGAAUUAGUAUACAUAAAGUGGGAAGGCAGGGUGAAAAGAAUUUUAACAAUUUUCUACACUAAUGGUUCUUCAAUCGUAGCACUAAAUUAGGCCGGCCCGGUGGAAAAAGUGAAAGAGUUUCGACGCUACAAAAAGCCCAAUUCAUCUCCAACCUAGCCCAUUUGCUUGAUCGUGCCUAUAAAAGGAACCACUGUUCACGAUGCCACUCUUCGAUCAUCGAUUGCGAGGGUUUCGUUUUCUCAGGAUUUCUCUUCAGCUCAGGGUUUCUGUUCGGCUCAGGGUUUCUGUUCGGCUCUUGCAAGAAGAAGGUAUCAACUCUCUUUCUGCAAGAAGAGUAGCAGAGGCUCACGAAGCUGUCCAUGAACUAUCAUUCAUUCACCAUGAGCUUCAAUUAUCUGAUUGCAAGAAAAGAAGUGUUGUUGAAGGCCCUCUCAUUGAUGUAGAGUAUCAGAGGCUCACGAAGCUGUCCAUGAACUAUCAUUCAUUCACCAUGAGCUUCAAUUAUCUGAUUGCAAGAAAAGAAGUGUUGUUGAAGUGCCAUCAAUAUGAUAUACAUCGUCUGAGGAAGAUCCAUGACGAGCUUAGGCAAGUCCUCUUCCUGCUCGAGUUUACCGAGUAUGCUAUGGUCCCGCUGGCUGCUAAGCUCGGAGUGAAACUGCUUCUUGUGGACAGGAACAUUGCCUCUUGCUCUAGGCUUCAGAGAAGUGCCAGUGAUGGCAUGCUUCUUUUGGCUGAUGUCUGUGCUGAGCUUUGGAGGGAGGUUGAACUGGAGGAUAGGAGUUAUGUUCCGAGGGAGCCUGAUCACUCGCACACCCCCUGCUUGCUCUUCACCUCCUCUGGUUCCUGCUGGUCUUCUGCGGUCAUCAUCUAA